CUUUUUUCUCGUAAUAUUAUGACUUUAUUCUCGAAGUCUCAGAUUUUUUUCCCCUCAAUGUGGCCCUAAUACUCCGUCGUAGUCAUGUGAGCCGCCUGUUAACAAAAUUCCGAGCCACCCUGAAUGCAGAAUUCCUUUAUGACAAGUGAAAGAGAAAGUACACCGAGGGUUGUAUUGUAGAGGACAUAGAGGUAACAAGUUACUGUUCGUGUGUGUCGAUAAUAAGCAGAGGGAAGAACUUGUUGUCUGCAGAAAUGUCUUAAAAGUGGGAAUCUUACAACUGAAGCUGACAGUGUAGCAGUGGACUGAUACAACUGUCAAAAAGGAAUCAAAAUGAAUCGAUUUAGAAAUGGUCAAACCAAAAAGUCGUCCUCCACAGCAGCCAGUAAGUACUAUGGCUUGUCAAACCAAGGAGCAACAUGCUACCUGAACAGUGUGCUGCAGGUGCUGUUCAUGACCGAAGACUUCAGAGAGGCUGUGAAAAGGCACACCUGUGAAACCUGUGGCCCUAAGUGUAUUGAUCGACAUCUUGCAUCCUUGUUUGAUGACUUAAAACGACAUAAGGAAUACACCUAUAAAAUCACCAAGAAGCUGGGCAUCGACAAUGUGUAUGAACAGCGUGAUGCUGCUGAGUACUUUGAGAAGAUUUUAGGUCUGACCAGUCCUGAGGCAUCACAGAUAUUCCACGGACAGUCGACACACAAGACCAAAUGUUCUGCAUGUUGUGAAGAGACCGAAGCCGGCGGGGCAUUUUGGUAUCUUCCUCUUGCAUUGGUUGAUUCUAAUAGUGAAGACUAUAGCGUGGUGGAUGGUAUUAAGGAGUAUUUCAGAACUUCAGAUUUCAGCGGAGAAAACCAGAUGUACUGUGACAAGUGUGAUGCCAAAACUGAUGCAACUAUUAAAUGUGUAAUAAAGCAUCAUCCAGAGGUUUUGAUGCUGCUGCUGAAGAGGUUUUAGUUUGAGUACCG